UAAAAAGAAGAAAAGUAUGUUGUGAAAUAAAACGAAGUUAAUUAAUACAAAAUGACUAAAGGAAGCACUAUGCAUCCCAAAGGAGAACAUGAGAAAUCAUUUGAGAAGCAGCAUAGAGAUGAAGCUAUUGACAAGCAAAUAGAUUUGGAGGAAGAAACUAAAGAAAAGCCUCCAAAACAGCACGGACUUCCCGUGGACAGAGGCUGGGCAUGGCUUAUACUUUUAGGUUCUUGGUGCAAUUGUCUUAUAUCGGUCGGAAGCUACAGAGCAUUCGGUGUGUUGUUUAUAGAAAUCCAGGCCAAGUAUGAAUCAAGCUCAUCCAUAACAUCUUUGAUUGCUAGUUGUUUGAACGGCACUUACAGUGUCACCGCAUUGAUUGUCACCACAGUUGGCUUACGAUAUUAUAGCAAUAGACAGUUCAUUGUGUUAGGCGGACUGAUAAUGUCCGCUGCAUAUAUUUUGUCCGCAUUCGCACCAAAUGUAGAAAUACUGAUCCUUCUUCUUGGCUGUGUUAGUGGAAUAGCUCAUGGCAUGAUUAAUGCACCAACAAUGGCACUCAUAAGUCAAUAUUUCGAAAAGUACCGAAGUCUUGCCAACUGCAUUGCUGCCACGGGUGCUAGCAUGGGCUCUCUUAUUUUCUCGGUUCUUAUUCCUCAUUGGAUCGAUGUGUAUGCGUUUUCUGGUACUGUGUUACUGCUAGGCGGGCUGAUGUUACAGAUGACCGUCUCUGGCUUGCUGAUGCGCCCAACAACAUUUUAUACUAAAGAUACUACUAACGCGGAUGAGAUGAACACUGCAGAGAAAGAGAAAACGCUUUGUGAAAUCUAUGAACAGAAAACAAAUGGGUCUCUGAAAUAUACAAAAAGCAUAGACAAGUUAAACAAAGUUCGCACAGCUAGUGAAACGAAAAAUAGCAGUCAUUUGGAGCUACAGAAUGGGCACAUUGCCACAGGAGCAACAUCUCCGCUAAUCGAUGUCAAACAUUCUACACCCUCUUUGCAUAUCGCUGCAGCUUGGAACCGGAGGAAACGUACAAUCUCAGAGCUCAGUAGUACGGGCCUUGCACUUACAAUGGGUAGUGCAAUAUCAGCUCUGAAUAAGACUAGUAUUGGGCGGUAUGCAAGCACAGAACUUUCAUUUUCGUCUAUGUUAGAUCUGAGUUCAAAGACACAACAAAAACAUGAAGAAAAACGUUCUGAAAACAAACAAACAUGUGCAUGUUUUAAAAGAGGCUGCUCAAAAUUUGGCUCUAUUAUUGACUGUGGGCCAAUGAAAAGGAUUCCAUUUCUGUUUUUCAUUCCUUGUGGUUGUUUUAUUAUAAUGGUUUCAUCCAUUGCGUUGUAUCUACCUGCAUAUGCCAAAGACUUAGGGAUAUCUUCCAAAAAAUGUGGCCUUCUUAUAACCAUUAUAAGUGUCACUGAUAUGUGUGCGGCAAUUUUCUGGGGUGUAUUUGCAGACAAACAAUAUGUACGAAGGCACAAAAUCCUAUCAUUUGCAGUUGUGACAGUGGGAUUUGUUACAUGUUUUACUCCAUUGUUCGAAACAUAUACAGUGUUUGUGGUCUACAGUGUCAUUUAUGGAAUAUUUGGCCGUGUGUAUUUCAGUCUAUACCCAGUGAUUCUGGUCGACUUUUUAGGACUGGAAUAUUUGCGUAGUGCUAUUGGCAUUUUAGGCCUUGCACAAACAGGAACUUCUGCGGUUUUACAGCCCAUUGUAGGUGUGAUGAGGGACCAUUUUGAUUCCUACAUUCCGGGAAUGUUACUGAUGUCAACACUUAUUAUUAUUGGUGGACUGUGGAUUCUCACGUUACCCUUUGCAGAGAGAUAUGAACAACGCAGGAACAGACAACCAAAGAAAGAUAUAGAAAUACCAUAGCUUGUAAACCAGAAACAUUAUCACGGAAUUUUCGUGCAUUUAAACAUUGUAUAAUGUGAACUAUUAAAACAAAAAUAGGACAUGGAUGAUGGAGUAAAGUUCAGUUAUAUCCGACAACAUUUAAAAUAGAGAAAAGUGGAAACCUCACAGGUCGCUCAAACAUUGAGUCUUCGAGUACAGCGUUUCAUCUGUCAGUACUUGAGUUGUAUCUUAAUCGUUGCUUUCAAUUUCUUGUUAAAUCUGUCUCAGUAAUUAUACCCAUGUCUCUGAUAUGAGACGGAAAAGUGGACUAUUACAUGUUAUGUAUUUUGAUAAAAACUAAAUGACCUUUGAACAUGUUCGAAGGUAAAUACAUUUUACUGGCUCCGUAUGUCAUAAUAAUUAUCUGCCAUAUCUA